ACAUUUAGAAGAGACAUGUCUGAAAUGGUUCUAGAUAGAAGUAUCUAUCAGAACUUGUCCCAAGGAAUUCCAAUAUCAGUACAAACAGAUGAAAGUUGGCUCCAGGAAAUGACUGGUUUGAAGGUCCCACAACAGACAGCCACUCUCAAGGUAAAGGAAGAAAAGGAGUGUCUGGCUUCCAAACUAAGAAAAAAAUGGGAAAUUGAUCCAGAAGACCCGAAACUAACUAUUUUAUGUGAGAUGGAGUUUAAUGAAGACUUUAUGGCAUUAUUUGAGCCAUCCUUAAUAACAUUACCCAGCAUCGGACCACCAACCAUUCUGUCAUACAAACCAGAAAGUUCCAACUUGGACGUUAAUUUCAAGGAUGAAGAUGAGAUGCUACCCAAGUGUGAGUUUUGUGGAUGUGACCUACAGGCAUUUCUCUCCAAUAUAGAUAUGGAUUCCUUUCCCACUGAUGGAAAAGUACGUGUCUCCUGUUGUCUUCAGUUCCAGAAUCUGAUUGACUAUAUCUAUGAGGAAAAACAAAACAUGAAAACCUGCACAGUUGAACUAAUCAACAUUAAUCCUCAUGAAGCGCACGGCAGCGAGGCCGACAGAAUCAAGGAGAAGGAGAAAGCUUUUCAGAGAAAACAGGAGCAGCAAAUGGCCAAACAGUUUGCAAUAAUACCACCUGAACAGACUAGCAUAUCUGAAGAAGUGACUGCAAGGAGCCAAAAAACAAUUUCUUACCAACUUCCUAUGGAUCCGAGAGAAAGACCGACCACUGAGGACAUCCUUGAUUUCCAAAUAAAAAGCCAAAAAUUAUCCAUUAUUUGCUGUGAUUCUAGGAAAGCAUGUGGAAAGAUGGUAAGAGAUGAACUCUUGGAGAAAUACUACAAACACGGGAGCAAAUUCCUGACCUCGUUUCCAGAUGGAGGGACACAGAUAUUCUAUCCAUCUGGCAAUCUGGCAAUUAUCCAAGUGCCCAACAAGAUCAAUGGAUUCACAUGCAUCAUCCAGGAGGACACGCGCAGCAACCCUGCCAUUCUGGCCGUUCUGGACUCCUCUGGCAGAAGCUGGUGCUAUCAUCCCAAUGGGAAUAUAUGGGUUUACAUCAAUAUCUUGGGAGGUCAAUACUCGGAUCAAGCGGGCAAUCGAAUAAGAUCCUGGAACUGGUCCAGCACCCUGGCUUCUUCGCCCUUUGUUUCAUUCAAGCCUGUUUUUCUGGCUUUGAAUCGUUACAUUGGAAUUCGAAUCUUAGACCAAGACAAGAUCUUCAUCACUUUCUUAGCAAUGGGCCAACAGGCAAAAAUCAGCGUUGGAACCAAACUAAAGCUCUCCAACCCCAAGGAGCUGCCAGCCUUCUAUUACCUGAGUGGAGACGACAUCCUUCUGCUGGCCAGCUUGAUAAAGAUCCGACGCCUGUUCCACAAGAUGGAAGGAUGCGUGACUUUCCCCGCAAGCCGGGUUCGGGAAAAAAUAAAGCAGCCUUCCUACCUUUCUUCACUUGCCCUAAAACUUCUUGCCCUCUGUCACGAUUCUGGUGCAAAGCAAGAUGUAAUGAGAGCAGUCAUAGGUCUCAUAAAUGAGAAUUGUAAGUGA